AUGCAGCAAUCGCAGAGCAUCAAGCUCACAUUUUGUCGCCACAGGAUAUCUAUACAUCAUCUGUCCUUGUCCACUUGGCGGAUUGCUCUCUCUCUAUUUUCUUCCGUGCUGCAACGGUACGGAACUAUCGUGGUCCUUGAAAGUUUUGCUGUGCUGGAUGGAUGCUUGAUCUUUGAUUCAUCCCCUCAGCCGUCCGGCGUAUUACCCUACCAUACCAGGCUCGAGUUUCAAACAAAAACACGUCAUGCAAACAUAAAAAAAAGAGAACAUUAA